AUGGAGCCUAUAUGGAAAUAUCUAGAGGAGGGAAAGACACCUGAAGACCUGAACAAAGCACAAAGAGUAAGAAGGAUGGCCAGUCGAUAUGUAAUUUACGAAGGAACGUUAUACCAGACGGCUAUAAGCCACCCGUGGUGCAGAUACGUGUCUCGGAGAGAGGGGCAGUUUAUUCUGAGUGAGUUUCACGAGGGGACAUGCGACGCACACGAGGGACCAGCAGCCCUGAUAGGAAAAGCAUCCCUGCAAGGGUAUUACUGGCCAAGCAUGGAAGAAGACUCCAAGGAACUAGUAAAGAAAUAUGACAAGUGUCCAAGACAUGGGGACAGAUCCCACAUCCCUGCCUAA